CAUGCGCCAGUAUGAGACACGCCUCUUCUUCUAUCUGGAAGCCAUGUGGCUGUGGUUGGUAAAUAAAUAGCUCUAGUAAUUGUAGUCUUUGCUUUUAUUCUGAAUUUCGGAAACAAACCCUGACAUUGCAGCGUCGAGGCAGAAAACAUGUCUUCCAGCGUGGUGGACCUCGAGGCGCAGGUGGAGUCGGUGCUCGGCGCGCUGGUCAAAGCUGCGACGGUGGAGUUAACGAAGCUGUUCGAGAGCAGAUACCGUGCCUCGACGAUGGAUGUGGGCCGCGCUGAUGACAAUAAGCACAAUAAAACACAGGAUACUUUAUCGACUGGGGACACGACACGCAGCAUUGGAGUGCAAGUGGACGAGGACAUGUGUCCGCUGUUUGAAUUUACUGACCCCCCUCCGCUCUCAAAUGGAGAUUGUCUGGGGGAGUGUAGCGAGAAGGAGGUGCAGGGGAGCUACACUGCCUCACAAACCUUCCUGUUUGAAGAUAAUGGCCAAGUUCACCCAGAGAGGUCGCCUCUGAAGGAACAGGUUGUGGCAGAGACUGUAGAUAUGGUGGAGGUGAGUGAUAUUAAAGAGGAGCCUCCAACUGAUGGUGAUCCUCACACAGAAGUUGUUUUACAAGUCUCUGCAGCGACAUGGACUGAGGAACCAAGACACGAGUCUCCGCACUGCUCCCCAGUAAAAAAGAUGCCUCUCAUUAUCCAUCCAGAUAUAAUUUCUGGGAAGAAGGUUACGUUUGUGUGCCCGUUGAUUCUCAAGCCUGGGUCUCCAGCCCUCACACCGGACAUUCCACAGAAGCCAAUCAAAACGGAGCCUCUGCAAGUCUGCAUCAGCACCGCUAACGGCAUCGCCUACAGCCCGUCCCCGUCUGAUGGAGCUGCCACUCCUGCUCAGGUUGGGGCUUUGGAAAACAUCCACACGCCAGAGGAGACGAAGAACAGCCUCGACAUUAAACUGAAACAGUCUCAUCCAGACAAAAAGCUGAAGCACGGCUGUGUGGUGCAGCUGGUGGACGUGUUGAGGGGGCCAGCAUCAGAGGCGAAGCUUCAGGAUGCUGUGGCCAAAGGUAAUGGUGAUAACCGUAAAAACAAUUAUCCUCUGCCCAAAGACCUCCGCCGCCACCAAGGUCUUCACACCGGCCGCCGCCUCUGUUGCUUCACCCCCUGUGAAAACGGUAUCUGGCGGCUUCAGGAGGUGGUCGCCCACUCCCGCGAUGGAUACCCUUGCAGCAACUGUGGGAAGACGUUCAAGCGAAGGAAGAUUCUACGGCGGCACGAGCGCUUCCACACCGGAGAGAAACCCUAUGCAUGCCUGAAGUGCUCGAAGACGUUUGCACUGAGGAAGAGCCUCCGGCGCCACUUGAGGUUCCACACUGGGCAAAGGCCACAUAAUUGUCCGAAGUGCGGCAAAAGCUUCCGUUUGCGAGAAAAUCUGAAAGCACAUCUGAGGUUUCACACUGGGGAGAAACCGUUUGACUGCGCCAUUUGUGGCAAGACGUUCAGGAUCGUCAGGAAUCUGGAGAAACACAAACGGGGCUGUUGUGGAGUCUUUGUACCUUCAUUCAGGACAAUUGCUGGCCUGUAGCCGUGGAAACAGAUGUCAGUGGCUGGUUUUGGUUGUUGUAUCACUUUCUACCUCAGACAAAAAACACUAUCACUUUUCUAGAUGUAAUGUUUGGACAAAGAAGUUAAAGCUAUGAGAAGAAUUGAAACAAUCUAGUUUCAUUCCAGAAAGAAUUUAACAACCAACAUGAAGAGGUGCAUUAUGAUCUGGCUGUUUUUACAUUUGUACCUAUACUACUGAUUAGUUUUCUUUGUUUAUUAUGCCUUGCCAUAUUUUGCCUAUUAUGAUUUUGAACCAAUAGUGAGACUGAACGGUGUGAGUUGUUCCGCAACAUGACACUUUUCUUUAGAUUUCAAAUCCCUACCCAUUACCCUAUCCCUAUUGGACCUUAUAACCGGAAAAUGAUAUACAUUAGUCAACGGCAAGAGACAAAACAUGUUUUGAUCCUGUUUACAUUUUGUUGUGAAUGACACAUUUGAUGUUUUUCAUGUGAGAACCUACUGGGACAAAACAUGGGAUCUUUGCUUCAUCAGGAGAUGUUGUCAUGUGUUUUAUACUAUACUUUUUUUCACUUUAUACUCAUGUCUCUUACCAAAAAGGUUUAGUUUUAUAUUUCUGUUAUGAUGACUGAAUGUAUGUAGAUGUCCUUACCUUCAAGACCAAGAUGUCAAAGCCUAUCCAUGCUGACUAUAAGAAAUCUAGUUCUUAUGUUAAAACCCUUUGGAAUGACAAAGGUACUUAUGACCAAACAAAUUGGAUCACAUGUUGUCUUUUUUUGUUAAUGAAUCUAAAAAGUUGUUAGAUUUAUUUUUUAACUUCUGAUACUAAAUAACAUUGUGUUUUAAUAAAAAAAAAUGGUGACCUGUA